CCCAUCCCACCUCAGACACCACCCCCAACACCACUGGCCCCACCCUUGUGUCUUUCACCCUGAACUUCACCAUCACCAACAUGCACUACACAGAGGACAUGGGGCACCCAGCUUCCUUGAAGUUCAACUCCACUGAGAGGAUCCUACAGCUCCAGCUCCAGCUCUUGCUCAGUAAGACCAGUGUCGGCCUCCUCUACUCUGGCUGCAGACUGGCCUCACUCAGGCUUGAGAAUCAUGGAGCAGCCACUGGAGUGGACAUUGUCUGUACCUUCUACUCUGACCACGUGGGUCCCAGGCUGGACAGAGAGCGGCUGUUCUGGGAGCUGAGUCACGAGACCCAUGGUGUCACCCGGCUGGGCCCCUACACCCUGGAGAGUGACAGCCUUUAUGUAAAUGGUUACACCGAUGGAGCCACAGUCUUGAUUACCACCAGUGAGUAUUCCUGGCCCCAAUUUUCUGGGGGAACAGUUGUUCUCCUUCACCUUUCCUUGGUCAACGUCUUCCCCAGGCCUGUGAAGAAUGGUGCCAAGACAAGGAUGGACUUCCUCUGCACCUACCGCCAGCCCCCCAGCAGCCAAGGUCUGCCUGCCAAGCAGGUGUUCCAGGAGCUGAGCUGGCAGACCCACGGGAUCACCAAGCUGGGCCCCUACUCCCUGGAUAAGAACAGCCUUUAUCUCAAUGGUGAUCAGGGAGAUAUCCUGGUCUUUUAUGACUUCCAUUUUAGCCAAGAGGGAAACAGAGACAUAGAGGAAGGAAGGGACCUGCCCACACCCAUGAGGCUUCAUUGUGCUGAUCUCUGNAACUUUACCAUCUCCAACCUCCAGUAUUCAACAGACAUGAGCAAUGGCUCAUCCACGUUCAACUCCACUGAGAGAUUCCUGCAGCAUCUGCUCAGAUCCUUGUUCAAGAAGAGCAGUCUGGGCCCCUACUACUCGAGUUGCAGCCUGAUCUCCCUCAGGCCUGAGAAGGAUGGGGCAGCCACUGGCGUGGAUGCUGUCUGCACCUACCACUCUGACGCCCUGGACCAGGGGCUAGACAGAGAGCAGCUGUACUGGGAGCUGAGCCAGUUGACACACAGUGUCACCCAGAUAGGCCCCUAUAACCUGGUCAAGGACAGCCUCUUUGUCAAUGAAGUGAAGCCAUCAGUUCAUCUGCCGACAGACAAACCAACAAGGAGUCCCAGCCCUCAGCACUUCCAGCUGAAUUUCACUGUCACCAACCUACUGUAUUUCCAGGAGACAGCCCAGCCAGGCACUGCCAAACACCAGCGGAACAAGAGAAGUAUUGAGAACGCGCUCAACCAGCUCUUCCAAAACAGCAGCAUCAAGAGUUAUUUUUCUGGCUGUCAAGUUUUAGCAUUCAGGUCUGUCCCCUACAGCAACCACACUGGGGUGGACUCCCUGUGUAACUUCUCACCACUGGCACAGAAAGUAGACAGAGUUGCCAUGUAUGAGGAAUUCCUGUGGCUGACCCAGAAUGGCACCCAGCUGCAGAACUUCACCCUGGACAGGAACAGUGUCCUAGUGGAUGUUGACCAGAUGGUCAGUGAGGGCCUCCAGCAGCAAACUAUGUGUGAACCAGCCUUGACAGGUUACCACAUGCCUGCGGAAGAAGGAGAGAGACUACCAGAUUCAGCAAUGAUACCUGAACUAUCAUGUGCCACACCUAGACCAGAGGAAGCUGCAAUGACUGGAUCUGCCUGA